GCUGUCAUCGCGUCAGCUGACAGAACACGCAAAGUCUGCCACCAUUUGAUUGGAUCUUCAAUUUGUUUUUGUGUGCGAUUCUCGUCUAUUCGGCGAGUGCAAAAUGUAAAUUCGUGAAGGUCACCUAGUCUAGUCUGUUGCCAACUGCCGUGACACGUAUCAGUAUUAGUCUCCGAGUUGUUUACGCACCUCGCCCGCUUCCGAGAUAUUUACGUAAUCGUAGGCGAAACCCUCCCGUCCCAGAAGGUAGGAGCUGCCCAUCGUCAUGUUGAACCUGUGUAGUCGCGCAGCCCGCGGCGCGGCGCGCCUGGAGCGCGGGCUGGCGUCCGUGGUGGAGCUGCCGCAGCUGAAGGACCACCCCGUCGCCAACGAGCCCGUGCUGGAGUACCGCGCGGGCAGCGCCGAGCGCGCCGCGCUGGCCGCCGAGCUGCAGGCCACGGCCGCGGUCUGCGAGGACGUGCCGCUGGUCAUCGGCGACGAGUGCGUGCGCGAGGGCGCGCCGCGGCUGCAGCCCGUGCCGCACCACCACGCCACCAAGAUCGCCAAGUACUACUACGCGAGCGAGAAGACCAUCCAGCGCGCCAUCUGCGUGGCCACGGAGGCGCAGGUGCGCUGGGACCGCACGCCGCUGCCGGAGCGCGUGGCCAUCUGGGAGCGCGCCGUGGGGCUCAUGGCCGGCGAGUGGCGCCAGAAGCUCAACGCCGCCACCAUGCUGGGGCAGUCCAAGACCGCCGUGCAGGCCGAGAUCGACUCGGCGGCCGAGCUCAUUGACUUCUUCCGCUUCAACGUGUUCUUCCUGAAGGAGAACGCCAAGUACCAGCCCAUCUCCGAGAACGCGCAGGUGACGAGGAACUCGAUGCGCUUCCGCGGCAUCGACGGCUUCAUCGCCGCCAUCAGCCCCUUCAACUUCACGGCCAUCGGCGGCAACCUGGCGUACACGCCGGCGCUCAUGGGCAACGGCGUGGUGUGGAAGCCGUCCGACACCGCCGUGCUGUCCAACUGGCGCAUCUUCAACAUCAUGCGCGAGGCGGGGCUGCCGCCCGGCGUCGUCAACUUCGUGCCGGCGGACGGGCCCACGUUCGGGCGCGCCAUCACCGCCUCGCCGCACCUCGCCGGGGUCAACUUCACCGGCUCCGUGCCCACCUUCAACUGGAUCUGGGGCGCCGUCGCCAAGAACCUGGACAAGUACCGCAACUACCCCCGCCUCAUAGGUGAGUGUGGCGGUAAGAACUACCACUUCAUUCAUCCCACUGCUGAUGUUCAGUCGGUGAUAAAAGGCUCCAUCAGAUCUGCAUUCGAGUAUUGUGGCCAGAAAUGUUCCGCCUUAUCAAGGAUGUACGUCCCCAAGUCACUGUACGAGGAGAUCAAGGCGGGCCUGCUCUCCGAACGAGACAAGCUGAAGGUGGGUGAUGUGUCAGAUUUCAAAACAUUUAUGGGGGCGGUCAUUGAUGACAAAGCGUACGACAGAAUCACUGGUUACAUUAAGAAUGCAAAGAAAAACCCAAAGAACAAGAUCCUCGGAGGAGGAGAAUUUGACAACAGCAAGGGUUACUUUGUUCAGCCAACAAUCAUUGAAACAACUGAUCCUCACGACAAGCUGAUGACGGAGGAGAUCUUCGGGCCCGUGCUGACCAUCUACCCGUACGAGGACGCGGACGUGCUGAGCGCGCUGGCGCUGGUGGGCUCCAGCACGAGGUUCGCGCUCACGGGCGCCGUGUUCGCGCGCGACCAGGACUUCCUCAAGCUGGCGCUGGAGGAGCUCAAGUACACGGCCGGCAACUUCUACAUCAACGACAAGUCCACGGGCUCGGUGGUGGGCCAGCAGCCCUUCGGCGGCGGCCGCAUGUCCGGCACCAACGACAAGGCGGGCGGGCCCAGCUACGUGCUGCGCUGGACCUCCCCGCAGGCCAUCAAGGAGACCUUCGUGCCGCUCACCGACGUCGACUACCCCUACAUGCGCGACUAGACCCCCCCCCCCGCCACCCGAGAGCCACCACCCACUCCACUAUAUCAGUACAAUAAUUACUAACAUGUUUAAUGUUAUUAUUAUUACUAAACAAUAAUUAGGAUAUAACAUAGAAGUUUUAGAUCUAGUAUGAGCUGUUUUAACCAGAUCGCUUAGUGUUUGCACUGGUAGAAUAUCUACAGUUAGGUACAAUGAUUUUGUAUUAUUAAUGUUAGUAUUAACUGAGGAAGCAUAAGUUAUGAAACAAUUAUAGAAAUAUGGAUGAUUACCUCAUGUUUUAGCUCUGCUGACAGUAGGAUAUGUAUGAUCUAGUUGUCUUGUUGUGAUGUAUUCAAAUAUUGCUUGAGUCACUGGUGUGGUCUCCAUGUAUAGAGGUUCACUGGCGCGUGUUAUCAUCGGUAGUAUUUAUUCAGGCUUAUCAGCUGGGACCUACAACUUACUGGCUACAUUUCAUUAAUUGUUAUCUAUCUCGGCAACAUACAAAUAAUGAUAAACACAUUAUGAUAACUAAUUACGCUCUUGUCGAGAGCUGUUCACUGCAUUUAAUGCUAAUGUUAAGAUGUUACCAUGACCUUUUUCAAAUGAAUGUAUUUAUUAAUUUCAGAACUCAACUGCAUUAAUUUGGUUUAAUAUUAGUUGAGUAAGACUAGUCGCAACAUUAGACAAUUAUAACUUUACGAGAGUAAUUUUAUGACUUACUACUUACAUAACUACUGUAUAUUGUAUAUUCCUAUCAUUCUCUUAUAUUUUUAAAAGCGUAUUUAUAAUUUAUUUUUAUGUUUUAUUAGGCUUGAAGCCAAUCUUGUUUUAAACUAAUUUGAGUAUUAAGUAUAAUUACUUAUUUAUUUGUUCAAUUUAAGUUCCUCUUUCAGUCUACAGUUACUAUUUUGUAUUAUGUUAAGAUAAAGACAUCCUAUCCACUACUAUAACUUAAUGGACCUACCUAUGAAUGGUAUUGUAUUUUAUGAAGUGUAUUAUGGCUGUAAAAUUAAGUACCUAUACAACAACUUAUGUAAGAACCUUUAAUUUAUGUUAUGCGACCGCGUCAUUACACUCUUACCGACUCUCGUAUGGGAGGAAGUAGCACAUUAUCGUAUUAAAAUGGACAGAGCCCAUAGCAUCAGCAUCAUGGAAAAAUUUAAAUGUUUCCUAUCAUAGAACACCUUUACUCCUAAGGAGAAUUAUGUAUUAAAAUGUUGGUCUCAUCAGAAUCAUAGUGGUACCUACCUAUUGUACCUAUCUACCAAUAAACUACAAUAAUGUGUCGGUUAGAUCCUGUUAUUUAGAAAUUGUUACAUUAAAUAAUUAUUAUAAUAUGUGAAGUCAAGUGAUUAUUAAACUGUUUCUUUGCGAA